AUGACGGAAUCAGCAGGAGCCGUGAUCGGCAUCAACUUUGGCCACUCGUAUUCUUCGAUUGCUUGCAUCAACCAACACGGUCGCGCCGACGUUAUCGCUAACGAAGACGGUGAACGUCAGCUUGCCACUCGCAUUGCGUUCAACGGUGAUCAAGUCUACCUCGCCAACCAGGCUACGCCUCAACUGGUUCGCAAUGCUCCCAACGUGAUUGACAACUUUGUCAACCUGCUCGGACGACCUUUCUCCUCGCUUUCCGAGAGCGAAAAGAAGCGCGCUUCCGCUGCUGUCAUCGACGUCAACGGCACCGCUGGUUUUAAGGUCGAGAUCGAUGGUCAGGAGACGACGCUCAGCGUGCACGAUGUUGCCGUUCGUUUCUUGCGCAGUCUGUUCUUGACCGCCAAGGACUUCUUGUCCGGUGUACCUAUCGCAGGUGCCGUUCUGAGCGUGCCUCAGUGGUUCCCUGAAGCGCAAAUUGCUGCUUUGAAAAAAGCUGCUGAGGAGGCAGGUCUCAUUGUACUCCAAGUGAUUCCUGCUUCUGCUGCUGCUCUUGCUGCUUACGGUCUCACUGCCCCCGCUGGCCCUGGUCAGCUGCCAGCUCACCCUGAUGGUGUCGACUCCGCUCCUUACCCUGUCGCCAAGGCGCUCGACCGCAACGUCGUCGUUGUCGACAUGGGCGGAUCUUCCACCGACAUCACCGUGUUUUCCGCUCGUUCGGGUCUCUACACCAACCUAGCCUACCUUCACGACGCCACCGUUGGUGGAACCACCCUUGAUUCGGCCCUCGUCGCUUUCUUCGCCAAGGAGUUCACCAAGAAGACCAAAAUCACCAUCGCCGAAACUGACAAGCGCGCAUGGGCCAAGCUUCGCAACGAAGCCGAGUUCACUAAGCGUGCCCUUUCGGCUUCGAACUCGGCCACAUGCUCGGUCGAGUCUCUUGCUGAGGGUGUUGAUUUCACCGGAAGUGUCAACAGGAUGCGAUUCGACAUGCUUGCCGGCGCAGCUUUCGGUAAAGUAGUGAGCGGUGUGGAGAAGGCGCUGGCGGAAGCAGGGUUGGAAGCUUGCCAGGUGGACGAGGUGGUGCUGGCUGGUGGAAGCGCCCGACUGAGCGGAUUGGCUGACCGUCUGGCCGGGUUGUUCGGAGAUGCCGAGGAGGGCGGUGCCCCUAUCACGGCAUCGAUCGAUGCUGAUCAAGUUAUCGCCAGGGGGUGUGCUAUUCAAGCUCAGGUGAUCGCUGCUGCGCCCGAGGGUUCUAAGGAGUCCGCCUACAUCCACGCUGUCCCCGCAACUCCGGUCGCUUCUGUCGCCGAGCUGAAAGUGCAAACCACCUCGGCACCGUUGGGUUUGAUUCUCGCCGACAAGUUCGUCACGCUCGUUCCUGCCUUCACGCCAUACCCUAUCCGCCGCUCUUACCGAUUUCCGGUCGCAUCCGGCGCAUCCAGCGUCGCGUUUACCUUGGACGAAGGAAUCGACUCGGUGCACGUCGAAACCAUUCAGCCCGACGCCGAUGAUCUCGACGAAGAAGACGAUGAACCGCUCGAGCCGGAACAGGUCAAGACCGCCAUCACAAAGCCCGCCGGUAAAAACAUCGCCCUCUUCACCGUUCCUACACCCAACAAGGGUCAGAGCAAGGUCGAGUUGGAACUCACCUUGACCGCGCCGGGAAGUCUGAUCGUAGAGGCCAAGGAGGUUGGGUCGAAUCAAGGGGUCAAGUUGGCUCUUUAG